AGAACACAAAGAACGGCGCAGCGGGAGAGGAGGUAAAGAUGCGGAUUAGAAGUUUGAUGGGGGGAUGGUGGAGAAAAUCACCAGCCUGCAGUGCCUCGCGUUGCCCCAGGACGCCCAUGGCCGAGAGCUGGCUGCGGCGCUAUUCGGCAUUUGGCUAUGCCCGAGCAGUGCCAAGUGCAUCAGGAGUGGCAAGGAGGCGAUCGCGGACUACCAGAAGGCGGUGAAGGAUAAAAGGGAAGGACCACGGGGUGGGACCACCACGCAUGCAGGUCUCAGUUGCGAUGAUGGAGGAGAUGAAGGGGGUCCGGGUGGCGAGGUGGUGUCCAAAUGGCUGCGCAUGGCGAACGGCGAGAAGGGCCAGGAGGUGGUCAACGAGACAUUCCAGGUGUGCUACCCGAAGGACGCCCAUGCGAGGCAGGACCAGCCCGAGGAUCAUAAGAAGACGAAGGUCACGAUGAACCUCAACAAGUGGGCGGACUUCAGAGCGUACGAGGCGGAAUCGAUGCAGCACGGCAUCUCGAUAAAAAGGAGGUGCGAAUGGGCUUCCUGGCGGGAGUGCAGAAGUUCGGAGCGGAGAAGAUGAUGGGUAAAGGGCCGAAUCCAGGGCUGCUCAGGGUCGUGGAGAGGCAGCUCCGCGCGAACACGGACCGCUGACCAGAGUGACACAUAGCAACAGCGCGCACAUUUUUUUCAGCAGCUGCGAUAAGGCAGGGGACUCCUGAUAAGGGGGAACGCGGCCAGGUGGCAUCUCCCCGAGGUGGGGGAGAUAGCACCCAGCCGAGCGCGGGCGAGCCGAGUGGAGCUUCCAGAGGUUCCAGGAGUUCCAUAUGCCAGCCGAUCCAAUAUACUCUAGUCCCUUACUCCUGUGCCUCCUUGCCUUCCCUCGUCCUCUUCUAUACCUCCCGCUAGCGCGGCUCGUGCCACUGUCUCGCAACACGCGACGAGCGAUCUUAGCAUUCUAGCGAAUCUGGAGCGCAUGGCAGCAGCGGGUAGUAGUAUACCAAGGGAGAUGUUAGCAGGCGCUUACAGGCUGUUGCGUC